UAUCCAGACACCAAGUUGGCGAACAUUUCAGAAACAUGCGAACAUUUUGAUAAAACUACUGAAGUGUACUACUUUGAUAGGAAUCCAUUGAUAUUCCAAUCGGUACUAGACUAUUACCGAACUGGAAAACUGCAUUUUCUGUCCAACAUGUGCGCAGAACAAAUUCGUGAUGAGCUUCAAUUUUGGGAAAUAUCUACUGCUGAUCUCGGCCCAUGCUGCUGGAAAUAUUUCUAUGCAGUUGAUAGCGAUUUGAAGACCUGUAAAGUUAUCGACACACACUUCUUCCAUAGAAACUGUGUGAUAUACAGUUCCACAAGCUCUUUAUCAAAAGUCAAGAGCAGAAUAUGGAAUUUACUGGAAAGUCCCGGUUCAUCAAAAAUUGCAUUCGUAUGGCAGAUAUUUUACCUGUGUGUUGUGUGCAUAGCCAUAUUUUUAUCAAUAAUCCAAUCCUUUGAGUUGUCAAGAACGGAGAUCAGGGGAGAUUAUAACGAGACAUCAGAUGAAGGUAUAAACAAACGUCUUUGUAACCACGGUAACUGGAUUGGCAUCGUUUCUAAUGUUUGCAUCAUUAUUUUUACUUUAGAAACAUCGUUACGUUUAGCAUCUUGUCCGUCUUUUUAA